AUGGCUCCUGCUACUACUACGCUCACAUCCAUAGCGCAUGAGAAAACCCUACAACAAAAAUUUGUCCGAGACGAAGACGAGCGUCCAAAGGUUGCCUACAACGACUUCAGCAACGAAAUUCCGAUCAUCUCGCUUGCCGGGAUUGAUGAGGUGGAAGGCCGCCGGGGCGAGAUUUGCAAGAAGAUUGUAGCGGCUUGUGAGGACUGGGGUAUUUUCCAGAUUGUUGACCAUGGGGUUGAUGUUGAGCUCAUAUCGGAAAUGACCGGUCUCGCUAGAGAGUUCUUUGCUUUGCCAUCGGAGGAGAAGCUCCGCUUCGACAUGUCCGGUGGCAAAAAGGGUGGCUUCAUCGUGUCCAGUCAUUUACAGGGAGAAGCUGUGCAAGAUUGGCGUGAAAUUGUGACCUACUUUUCAUAUCCGAUUCGUCACCGGGACUAUUCGAGGUGGCCAGACAAGCCUGAGGCCUGGAGGGAGGUGACAAAGAAGUACAGUGACGAGUUGAUGGGGCUGGCAUGCAAGCUCUUGGGGGUUUUAUCAGAAGCCAUGGGGUUGGAUACAGAGGCAUUGACAAAGGCAUGUGUGGACAUGGACCAAAAAGUCGUCGUGAAUUUCUACCCAAAAUGCCCUCAGCCCGACCUAACCCUUGGCCUCAAGCGCCACACCGACCCGGGCACAAUUACCCUUCUGCUUCAAGACCAAGUUGGGGGCCUCCAGGCUACACGGGAUGAUGGGAAAACGUGGAUCACCGUUCAACCAGUGGAAGGAGCUUUUGUGGUCAAUCUUGGAGAUCAUGGUCAUCUUCUGAGCAAUGGGAGGUUCAAGAAUGCUGAUCACCAAGCAGUGGUGAACUCAAACAGCAGCAGGCUGUCCAUAGCCACAUUCCAGAACCCAGCGCAAGAAGCAAUAGUGUAUCCACUCAGUGUGAGGGAGGGAGAGAAGCCGAUUCUCGAGGCGCCAAUCACCUACACCGAGAUGUACAAGAAGAAGAUGAGCAAGGAUCUUGAGCUUGCCAGGCUGAAAAAACUGUCCAAGGAACAGCAACUGCAGGACUUGGAGAAAGCCAAAGUGGAUACAAAGCCAGUGGACGACAUUUUUGCUUAG